CAUACGACUGAUCUCGAAGAACGUCCCUAUUGGCAUCUAAUCGUAUUGACGUUGCAUCAGCCAGGGAUGUCAGGAAUCGCGCUGCCGCCAUCCGGCGGAAAUGGAGGCAACAGACCAAAUCCCAGAGAGCGAGGGUGCUUCCAGUGCUCUCGCCGUCGGAUCAUUUGCGACAAAGCUGAGCCUUCGUGUGGCAAGUGCAUCAAAAAAGGUAUUGAGUGCUCCGGGAUGAAUCGUAUAAGAUUCACCAAGGGCGUCGCGAGGCGAGGCAAGCUGAAAGAUUGCACGAUUCCAGAUGUAGGCAAUGACGGCACAAUUCAAUUGCCAUCAUCAACGUCAUUUCCCAUUAUCAGAUGGAAUAAUGAGAGGAAGAGGGGGACUAAACGAAGGCAAGAAGAUCCAAGCCGAGGCGACGUUCAAUCAAGAGCAAUGUCAUCCGAUCAAAGACAGGAUAUUACCACCAGAUCAUUCAGACCCAUGAUGGCAGAGCAACUUCAAUCAUCUUCAGAUACUGUCGCCUCACCAACACAAACUUGGCACGAUCGAAGCGCAAGUUCAGAACUCGAGGAUGACGUGGAGGGGAUGGAGCGUGUCGAAGGUGCAAUGAUGAAGCUUCCAGCGGAGCAUGGAAGCUUGCAACGUUGGAUAUCGCCACUUAGUGCCGAAGGCCGCAUGCUGUUUUCUCACUUCUCCGAAGCCAUUGCGCCCGUAAUGGUAGUAUUUGAUACCAAUUCUAAUGGGUAUCGCGAGCUUCUUCUACCCAUGGCCCUUGAAGAUGAGGUACUGCGUCGAGCAGUAAAUGUCGUCGCAGCUCAGCAUCUUAGCCGUGAAUUUCCGGGCAUGAAACAUGCUGCAGAAGCUGGCCGCGCAGCGGUCAUUUCUCGCCUCAGAAAAGACGCGUUGUCCGCUACUGAAGACCAGAUCUUUAGUAAAUUCACCUGGGCAACGCUGAUUGUACUGUUGGUAGGCGAGACGGUUACAGGCAGUGAAGAUUGCGGCUUUCUGAUCCAGAUGCUAUUGUGUCUUUCAGCAAACAGCAGGGCUGAGACUGGAAAUACAAUCGUCAAAUUCCUUCAGAAACAGACAGACAUGUUUGAGCUUCUUUGUCUGCCACUACUAGGAGAGCAUACCGGUGUUUCUGCAAUCCAAAGGUCCUUGCAAUCAUGGUACGACUGGUUAACGCCCGAGCAAUUUGCAGCUGGGUCGGAAAACCAUCAAAAUCUCAACGGAAUACGCUUCUGUUUCGAUGCUGCAUUCACUAUCUACACACGGCGUGCGACAAGCGAGAAUAUCAAUUCUUCAGUGGAUUCUCGAUCACAGUAUUCCAGGCUUCAAGCUUUGACGAUACAAGAAGUCGCCCAACGCCUCUCUCUUAUGCCACCUCAUACCGACGGAGCUCAUGCACUAGUAUGGCCCUGUUUUGUAGCCGGCGCAGAGACGUCCGACCCAGAUCAAAGGGCUUUCUUCGUCAACUAUAUGGAGAGCAUAUAUGCCCGCACAAAGUUUCGCAACAUCCCCUUGGCCGUGCAAAGCUUGCGGCGUUUCUGGGAAAGCAAAGGAGAGAGAAGGUGGACUCAAUAUCUCCCGGAAUAUUCAAAAGUGCUGGUCAUGUGAGUGUGCAUCGCUUUUUUUGACUGGAUGCAUCCAUCUAGGUCUGGUUGCAUCGACGACCUUCUUUAAUCGGAAAAUUCCAGCCUGG